UUUUUUUUGGAAUUUUUUUUCAUUUAGUAAAAAAAAAAGCGUCUUGAAUUUUUUUUGAUACUCCUAAUUAUUUAUUAACGCGAUGUUUAAUUUUUUAUUAGGAUUAAUUUUUAUUUUCAUCAACGAUGUCAUUGCUGGAAGGAACGAUUGUUACUUGCCAUCAGGACAAUUGGGAGACUGUGUUUUUUACAACCAAUGUCCUUCUAUGAUAAAUAUUUUUAAUUCUGCCGGAAAUGAUCGAACUUCAUUAAAUUACAUAAGAGCUUAUCAAUUUUAUGAAAGAUCUAAAUGUGGUUCAGUAGGAGGGCAAGAUAAAAUAUGUUGUAAACUUCAACAUGCACCGAAUCAAAGUCAACAACCGAAUCUACCGGAUGUUACAAGACAUCCUAAUCUAAGAUUAUUAGAUCAUACAAGAUGUGGACCUUACAGUGAAGAAAAAAUAGUAGGUGGUGAAGAAACUGGAAUUUUUGAAUUACCCUGGAUGGCUUUACUUACACUUCAUCGUUAUAAAAAUGAUCAAGUUCAUUUUUUUUGUGGCGGUACAAUAAUUAAUGCACGACAUAUUUUGACUGCUGCACAUUGUGUACAAACAGUUAAUCAAAUUAUUGAAGUAAGAGUUGGAGAACACAAUACAAACACUGAACAAGAUUGUACAUAUAAUACAUGGGGACAAACUAUUUGUGCACAUCAUUUUCAAACGAGACGUGUUGAAAAAAUUUUCAUUCACCAAAAUUAUAGUUCAAUUAAUAAUGUAAAUGACAUUGCUCUUUUGAGAUUAAAAACUGAUAUUAAUUUCAGUUUGAAUAAUGUCAGACCUAUUUGUUUACCUAUUGGAACAGCUAGAACUCUUUUAAAUCAAGAGGGUAUUGUCAGUGGAUGGGGAAGAACAAAAGUUCAAGCUGUGAGUACAAGACUUCUAAAAACUACAAUUCCCAUAAAAUCAAAACAAGAAUGUAAUAGAUAUUAUAAUGGUUUGACUAAUAAACAAUUUUGUGCUGGAGGAACGCAUGGAUAUGAUUCUUGUACUGGCGAUAGUGGGGGGCCAUUACAAAAUAUUGCCAGAUAUAACAAUCAAAACAGAAUGGUUCAAUAUGGAAUAAUUAGCUACGGACCAACCGAAUGUGGCAGUACUGGACAUCCUUCUGUUUAUACAUCAGUUCCACAUUACAUGGACUGGAUAUUAGAUUAUAUUAAUUUAAAUUCAUUUGCAACUUUAACCAAUCAAUUUACUUCAUUUCCUCCUGAUGUGAAAAAUCAUAAAAAUUUACAAUUUCUCAAUCAUGAUUUAUGUGGACCAAUUAAUGAAUUCAAAGCAUUUGGUGGGACUGAAGUUGAAAUUUACGAUUUUCCAUGGAUGGCUUUAUUGCAAUAUGAAGUUAAAGAUGGAAAUAAAACAUAUCUUCGAUUUUUAUGUGGCGGUUCAAUAAUAAACAAUCGUUAUAUUCUAACAGCUGCACAUUGCGUUAAAUUUCACUAUAAAAAUGCUUUAUUGAAAUCAGUGAGAUUGGGCGAACAUAAUUUAAAUACAAAUCCAGAUUGUGAUAUGAAUUAUUAUAACAAAGAAUUGAUUUGCGUUGAAAAAUAUCAGGAAUAUGAAAUUGAAAAAAUAAUUCCACAUCCAAAAUAUAAUUCAGUUUUAUUAGGAAACGAUAUUGCAUUAUUGAAACUAAAUCGUGAUAUUGAUUUCACUAUUAAUAUUAAACCAAUUUGUUUGCCCAUUGGUCGUGCUUCAAAUUUACUUCAAAAAAUGGUAACGGCAAGUGGAUGGGGAUUGACGGAAAAAAUGUCAUUUAGUGCUAAUUUAUUAAUGGUGCACUUGCCAAUAAUUUCAAAUGACGAAUUUCACAAUGUUGCUGGAGAAAUAAUCAUGUUUCCUGUAGAAGAAUCCUGUCAGACAUCGUCAGGAAAAAUUGGAAUUUGCAUUAAUUUAAAUAAAUGUGAUGCUUUAAUGGAUACUGUUAAAAGAGAAGGACUAACAUCACAAUCAACUUUACAACAAUUAUAUAGUGCUACAUGUGGAUUUGAUGGAAAAACACCUAAAGUUUGUUGUGAAAAUCAGGAAACAAUAUCAUUGGAACAGCCAAAUAGAGUAGCUGAGAUUCCAAUAAUGAUACCAGAUCCACCAGACGUGACUCAACAUUCAAAUUUAAGAUUAUUGGAUUUAGAUUUAUGUGGACCAAUAACAGAACAAAAAAUUGUUCGCGGUAAUAGAACGGGUGUUUUACAAUAUCCAUGGAUGGCAUUAAUUGCCUAUAAAAUUGGCGAUUCACCACCAGAAUUUCGUUGCGGUGGUACAGUUAUUAAUAAACGUUACAUUUUAACCGCAGCUCAUUGUUUAACUGAUCUUCCAAGUGGUUUUAAUGUAAUUGGAGCAAGAGUGGGGGAUCAUGACACGAGUAAGGAGAGAGAUUGUGAUGUUGAUAAAUAUGGUAUGGAAAUUGUUUGUGCCGAAAGAUAUCAGGAUUUUGGUAUGGAAAGCAGUCACAUUCAUCCUGAAUAUACAAAGUCAAAAUUACAAAAUGAUGUUGCUCUGAUAAGACUCGAUAAUGAUAUUGACUUUCGACCUGCGAAUGCAAAGCCAAUUUGUUUACCACUAAGUCCAGCGACAAAAAUUACACAAAAAAAGGUGACAGUUACAGGAUGGGGAAUAACGGAAAAUAGAACAGCAAGUGAAGUAUUACUUCAUGUAAAAUUAAGUGUAGUGCCAGUGGAAAAAUGCAGGGAAAAUUAUAAAAGUUUUGCACAAAUUGAUUAUAAACAAAUGUGUGCAGGUGGAAAAGAUGGAAUGGACUCGUGUCUCGGUGAUAGUGGAGGACCACUUCAAAGUGUCACAUUGUACAAUGAUAAAGAUGCACGAUUUGUACAAUUUGGUAUUGUUAGUUUUGGACUUAAAAUAUGUGGCGUCGAAGGAUAUCCCGGUGUUUAUACGCGCGUCGAUUAUUAUAUUAAUUGGAUUCUAAAUUCCAUGAGAGACUGAGUUAUUAUUUUUUAUAAAAAAAAAAGAGAAAAAAAUUCGUAUACAUUUUUUUAUAGAGUGGUCACUGAAGCAAAAAAAAAAAAAAAAAAA